CAUAGAGCUCACCAGCCAAAUCAACCGCUUUCUCCGAUGGAAUGGAUCUCUGCAGACUGCAGAUCACAAUAUAUUCCAGUUCUCUCUCAGGCUGAGUCUGGAGGUUUGCAACCGUCAAAUAAGCACAGGACACGAGAGCAGGAGCCGCUUUUCUCGUUCGCCCGGUUUGCAGUUACGCCCGAGUUCUGACACAGGAUCAAUGCUUCAAGAUGCAUAAUCUUGCCGGUGAGGGACACCCCUCCCCCUUUUAGCUCUCCAAAGUGGUUCGCUGAAAGGGUUAAAUAGAAGGAGUCACGUUUCCUAGAGCGGCCUCAAAGGAAGAAGGUGACAUGACUUGUCACACUCACUCACAGCCCCUUCCUUCUGCGGGAAAAACUGCCUUUACUGUUUCCCAGACAACUCACAAGCUGUGCCGGUUGCAGAAGAGGCGAGGCCGAAAUGGGAGGAGUUUGUUUUUUUAAAAAAACACACACACAAAUAGAUCAAUAAUUUUUUUCCCUUGCAAAAUCUUGUGGAAUCUGUCAGUCACAAAGAAAGCAGAGCUGGCUUUGCAGGAGGUCCCAGCUCCAACACUGGAUUUAUAGAAGCAUCUGGCAGAGGAGGAAGGUGAUCCCUGGGUCCAGGAGAAGACUGUUUGGAAAGGAAGGGAGGAUGAAGGGACAUCUGGACCCAACUGAGCUGGAAACAAGGAAAGAUCUUGAUCUUGAUAUCAUGGAGGCUGGGAGCAAAUGGGAAGUGUGGGGAGAAACUGGGCAAAAGAGCCCAGGGAACGUCUUCCCUCCAGAUGUGCAGUGCCAGCAAUUCAGGCACUUCCAUUACCAGGUGGCUGAGGGCCCCCGAGCAGUCUGCAGCCAACUCCACUAUCUUUGCCACCAGUGGCUGAAACCAGAAAGCUUCACCAAGAGGAAGAUGCUGGACCUGGUGAUUCUAGAACAGUUCCUGACUGUCCUGCCCGUGGAGAUGCAGAGCUGGGUUAGGGAAUGCAAGCCAGAGAGCAGUUGCCAAGCAGUGGCCCUGGCAGAAGGCUUCCUCUUGAGCCAGACAGAGCACAAGAAUCCAUCCCAGCAGGUGCAGGAACGGAUCGCACACGUGUGUUAUCCUGAAGCAACCUUUCUGGAUGGUGCCAUGGAACCAGUAACAUAUUCUUCACCACCUCUUUGUGACAAAACUGCUUCCAUGAAGGCAGAUCAGGGACCGGUUAACUUUGAGGAGGUGUCUGUUGCUUUCACUGAAGAGGAGUGGACUCUGCUGGAUCUGGACCAAAGACGUUUUCACAAAGAAGUCAUGGAGGACAAUCGUCAGAAUGUGGCCUCUCUGGGUCUACUGCUUCUCAAACCUGAUUUCAUAUUGGAAGAAACAGGAGAUCUACUUACCCAAGACCCAGAAAAAAGAAAGAGAUCUGCAGAGUUUGAUAGUCCCCAGAAUAAGUUCAAGGGAGAAUUACAACAGUUCCCUUUGGUAGAAAAACAGCAAAAAAGAAACACUGGAACAAAAUGGAAAAGGGGAAAUGAAUCUUCUUCUCCUUUUCAGGGUGCUGAAUCCCAGGUGUUUGAUCCGCCCUGGAGAAUCUACACAGGAGAGAAACCACAUAAAUGUUUGGAGUGUGGAAAGUGCUUUGCUCGGAGUGAGAACUUUAUUGCACAUCAACGAAUCCACACUGGGGAGAAGCCAUUUAAAUGCUUGGAGUGUGGAAAGUGCUUUGUUUGGCGUGCCCAUCUUACUCUCCAUCGUUAUAGUCACACUGGAGAGAAACCAUACAAAUGCUUAGAGUGUGGAAAGAGCUUUCCCUGGAAGGGAGAACUUAGUAGCCAUCAACGUAUCCACACAGGGGAGAAACCCUAUAAAUGCUUGGACUGUGGAAAAUGCUUUGCACGGGGUGACAGCCUUAGUGCCCAUCAACGAAUUCACACAGGAGAGAAACCAUAUAAAUGCUUGUUGUGUGGGAGGAGCUUUGCUUGGAAGGGAGAUCUUACUGGCCAUCAGCGAAUCCACACAGGGGAAACACAUGAUUGCCUGGAAUGUGGAAAAAGCUUUGCUCAAAAUCGCACCCUUACUACUCAUCAACGUACACACACUGGGGAGAAACCAUAUAAAUGCUUGGAGUGUGGGAAAAGCUUUUCUCAGAGUGCCAAUCUUACCUCUCAUCGACGUACGCAUACUGGGGAGAAACCAUAUAAAUGCCUAGAGUGUGGAAAGAGUUUUGCUCAAAGUGGAAAACUUGCUGCUCAUCGACGUAUCCACACUGGGGAGAAACCAUACAAAUGCUUGGAAUGUAUAAAGAGCUUUGCUCGAAGCGACAUGCUUACUGCUCAUCAACGAAUCCAUACAGGGGAGAAACCAUAUAAAUGCUUGGAUUGUGGAAAGAGCUUUGCCCAGAGUCCCCAUCUUACUGCUCAUCGACGUAUGCACACUGUGGAGAAACCAUAUAAAUGUUUGGACUGUGGAAAAAGCUUUUCUGAGAGUAGCAGCAUUACUGCCCAUCAAUGGACACAUACUGGCAAGAAACCAUAUAAGUGCUUGGAUUGUGGAAAGAGCUUUUCUCAGGGUGGCCAUCUUGAUGUCCAUCGGCGAAUCCACACAAGGGAGAAGCCACAUAAAUGCUUAAAGUGUGGAAAGAGCUUUGCUCGAAGUUACAAACUUACUGUCCAUCAAUGUAUCCACACUGGGGAGAAACCACAUAAAUGCUUGGAGUGUGGAAAAAGUUUUGCUAGAAGUGACCACCUUACUUCCCAUCUACGAAUCCACACAAGAGAGAAACCGCAUAAAUGUUUGGACUGUGGAAAGAGCUUUGCUCUUAGUAGCAACCUUAUUGCCCAUCGACGUAUCCACACAGGGGAGAAACCAUAUAAAUGCUUAGAGUGUGGAAAGAGUUUUGCUCGGGGUGACAUGCUUACUGGUCAUCGAAGAAUCCAUACAGGGGAGAAACCAUACAAAUGCUUAGAGUGUGGAAAGAGCUUUACUCGGAGUGACAUGCUUACUGGUCAUCGACGAAUCCACACAGGGGAGAAACCAUAUAAAUGCUUAGAGUGUGGAAAGGGCUUUGCUCGGAGUGAUGCACUUACUAAUCAUCGACGAAUCCACACAGGGGAAAAGCCAUUCCAGUGUUUGUUGUGUGGAAGGAGCUUUGCUUGGAAGGGAGAACUUGCUUGCCAUCACAUAACCCACACAGGGGAGAAACCAUACAAAUGCUUGGAGUGUGGAAAGAGCUUUGCUAAGAAUCGCACCCUUAUUAUUCAUCAACAAACACACACUUUUGAGAAACCAGUUUUACUGCCCAUUGACAUAUGCGCACAGUGAAGAAAACACAUAAAUUCCUGUACCGUGGAAAGAGCUUUGCUCACAAUCUUGCCUUUACUGCUUGUUGAUGAGAAAAAACAUUCUGCUUAUUAAAACCUAAUUUUUUUUGGAGUGAUUUACUGCAUGCAGGAAUUCUACCCAUGUUUGGUUAAGGCUUCCUCAGAAAGGGAUUAAUUCCAGGGACUCAGGUGCAGAACAGGAGAACUGAAUUACCUUUGCUGAUUGGAAGAACUGGCAGGAAGGUGACACUGAUAUCCCCUCUCAUUAGGAAAUUAUUUAAUGCUUUAUUUAAAGAAUCGGAAUGCCCGUUAUACAAAGUUCACAAGGGAGUUCACAGCUAAAAUAACUGAAUCUAACAAUCAAGUAAAAACAAACCAUCUAAAAUAAACGGAGACCUAAGAUAAAAAUUGGGGAGGGGAGAUUUGUGUUUUUUGAGUGGAAGAGAGUGGAUGUCAAGACAGAAUCCAUCUUGGAGGAAUUUUCCUGCUUAAAAGUUUUUUUUCAGAACUUUCUGCAGAUGCAGAGUGCACUUCCUCACAGCAGCCUCUUGUCAAGGACAAAUUUUCAGGCCAGCUAAACUAGCUCAUUAGGUUCAGUUGCGAAUCUGUUAGGGAGUGUCCUGCAUUGCAGGGGUUGGACUUGAUGGCCCUUGGAGUCUCUUCCAACUCUAUGAUUCUAUGAGUGGAGAACUCACACACUUGAAAAUUCGAUGGGCACAGCUCCAUGCUUAGUUGUAGAGAUCAGGAUGUUAGGGCCAAAUUUCUCCGUAAGUAGGGCCAAUUGAAAAAAAUGUUCCUUCAUCCUCUUCCCCUUUCUCAUCUUUUCUGCUAGAAAAGUACUUACAUUCAGCUCUGGAAGUUAUUUGCCUAAAGAACUGAUUGUGUUGUAUUAGGACUCCAGCAAGUAGAAAGCUAGCCAGUAUUUCUUGUUUUCUGUGCACCCUGCUACCACAGAAUUGCAUUCUUUGUUCUUCAUAUCUUUUUCUGUCUCUUGAAAUAAAGCCUUGCUUGGUUUUA